GACCUAGAGAACUAAAAUAAACUUGAUUUGUAUUGCUGAUGAACAUUGCAGCUAUUCGUGUGUUUUGUAUUUGGUUGAUACCCAUUUUACAGCUGAAAUGCAAUAUUUAGGCUAGAAAGCGGUGUAUAAUUGGUGCUAAUUAAAUGUGAGGCUGUUGGAGGUACAACGAAGUUAUUUCUAUUAACAAGACUUGAAACGAGAAAGAAGAUCCUUAACAAUGCCGCUUGUGGUUGCAAUGGCUCUCUCCGGUCUAGAAGCAGAUCAAUGGAACGACGAAUUACGCGAAAUGUACGAACAAGGGGCUCAAUUGGUGCACAAGUCGUGUCACCACGAUCUACUGAGGAGACCAUCGGUCUCUAGUCCGAGUGCUUCCUCAGUAGCUUCGUCUUAUCAAUCAUCUAUCGAAAGUGGAAUAUCUUCGUUGUCCCCAAGCUCCGGCUCUGGUGAAUUUGUCAGCCCUUUUAUUAGCCAACCACCCUUGGAGUUAACAUGUAUAGGGCUAAGCCACAGAGCGAGAGCCGUGGAGGACAUCGAAAAAGAACUUUUUCGUAAAAGUACUCCAAAGGGGACGGCUGAUUUUUCGCAACGACGUUACGGAGGAAUUCAGGUAACAAUUAAAUAUAGAGAUCGAAACGUGCUAGAGCUGGGGGACCAUAUCAAAAACACACGCAAUUUUUUCGACCCGGCUGUGAUACCGAAAGGUGUAAUGAGCUAUUUCGAAAAUCGAUCGCAAAUAUCGCGAUUGAGUGGGGCCGAACCACCUAAUUUUCGUUUCCACAAAUGUUCCUAUUCAGAAUGUGGUUUCAACGAACCACAUUACUUCUAAUAAUCAUUUUAUUAUGUCACCGAGAAUCGAUUGCCAUAUUAUUAUUAUUAUUACUGAAGGGGGUAUUUGUUUUAUUUUCUUAAAAUGUGAAAAACCGCAUCGUAAAGAGGAAAAAAUAGAAAAAAUGCAGUAUUAGUCUUGAAACAAAAUUUUACGAUACCCGCCACCAAAAUAACGUAAAAAGUCACUACCUAGAUAAUAUUCGGUGCCGUAGAUAUUUUAAUAAUUAAGUAUUUAAACAUAUAAAUCCUACCUAAGUAUAUAUAUAGUUUCGUGGUAUUUACGUGAGAGUACUUACUAAUGUUUUUCAAGGUGUGUGAUAAGAGAAAGUGCAAUUUUAAUACUUAUGUGUAGAAAUAAUUAUUAUAAUAAUUGACUUAUUGAAAAUAUUUAUAUUCUUUAAUAGCUUCGAAAACUAAUCAAAAAUGCACAAGUGUCAAUGCAGAUGAUAACCGAAACGCUUUUUCGUUUUUAUAAAACUUAACCAACUAAACUUAUUAACAAAAGAAAAACUAAAAUGCAUUUAAUUUAGACUGUUGUGUUGCAAAAAAAAUACAGAAAUGACAAAGAAAUAAUUUUCUCUAAUUAAAAUGACACAUUCCCUAGAAGUUUUCACUAUAAUAAAAUUUAAAGCUCAAAGUAAUAAUUCUAAAGGAGUAAUUGUCUGAUGACCUUUUUAAUUUUACCUUUAGAAUGUUGAUUUUGCAAUCAUACCAUUUAAGAACGAAUCUGGUAUUAUAUAAUUAUAUAGUAUUUUGACAAUGUCAAUAAUAAACAAAUUAAACAAUUGAUCUGAAUUCCUUUGGGGAAAACUUUUAAGAAAUUUAACUAAUCUAACGAAAUGUAAAAUUCGGUACUUCCUUAUUUGAAUAGGUACCUUGUAUUUUUAAGAUAAAAAAAAGCAAUAUAAAGUUCAUAUAUCAUGUACCUACUCUUAGUUUAUGGUCGACUGAAGGAUAUAUUUGCGUAAAAGCUGAUUUAAUGUAAUUACGCUUAUAUGAUAAGAACGUCUGUGAUAUCUAUCAUAAUUUUACUCACGCAUCGAAUUUCGAAAAAUCGACAACUUACGGUUAACCAGUUUCAGUACAGGGUGGUCAUAGCUAUAACUCACAUAACAAACUACCACCUAAGUACUUUGGAUUCUAACAUUAAUUGUUCACAUAAUAUUCAUAGCGAUUACUUAUUAAUAACGUAACAUGUGUUUUACUUUUUGCACCGACCCUGUAUAUGCAUAUUUAAGGAUUAUAUAAGACGUGUGUAAUGCCAAAGUGUUUAAAUGUUUAUUUUGGUUUUCAGUUAAUUAAUUAUAGUAUAAGCAUUUAUGAAUAAGUUUACCAAAGGUUAUAGGCAUCUACUUCCUAGUUUAAACGUUUUUUUUUUAUUUGUUUCACUGAUUUUAGUUUAUAAGGAUAAUAUGUAAUAAUAAUGAUGAUGAUAAUGUGAUAAAGAUAAUGAUUAUAUCUAUGUAUCUGUAAUUAGAAGAGAGAUAUUCAUUUUGGACAAUUAUUUUAUAAGCAGUUUGUUUUAUUAUUGUUAUUAUUAUUAACCGCAAUGAAUGUACCUACCUAUUUUUGUGAUCUGUUAACAAACAAUUCUUGUGAUAAAGUGCGUAUGUUAUUACUAUGUAAUGUAUGUAAAUCUAUCCUGCCCUUAUAAGUAAAAUUGACUAUUAUUUUUAUACAGUUGCUACACAACAAGAAAAAGACCUCAGAUAUUUUAAGAAAUAAAAAAAAACAAG